UUCUUCAAAUCGAAAGAAGAGAACCCAAGACUGCCGGUCGGUGACUCCAAAGACAGCGGCGGCGACCAUCGGAUCUGUAGCGUCGAUACCCUUCCACAAGAGUUGCUUUCCAUUAUCCUUAAGGAAGUUAUAGUUUAACCCUACUUGUUACUUCUUUUAACAGCAGUUGGGUGUUCUCUUUCCUUCAGUUCUCUGUGGAAGAGGAAAUUAGUGCAGAACAUUAACUACAAGGCUGUGUGGAAGAGGAACUUAGUGCAGAGCAGUUUGGUAUUCUCUUUCCUUCGGUUCUCUGUGUAGAAGAGGCAAUUAGUGCAGAACAGUAAUCACAUGGCCUCUGGUAUGUUCCGAUACCAAUUGUUACAUCUCGCCUGAGUUGAGAUUAUCUUGUAACAAGAUGAUCAACAAAAUCUUAGCAAAUGAGAGAUAGCAGAAAAUCUACAGUUAUGCUAAAAAGAUUGAAACAUGUCGGUCAUAUGCAACAACAUAUGAGCAGAAACCUGGGAUUUUCUUUUUACAGUUCUGGAGAUGUAAGUUACACUGACAGUGCCCCAAAUAUCAGUAAAACCCAUGAAUCAGAUUUGGAAACCAAUUGGGAAAGAUUGCUCAAGCCUUUUGAUCUCGAAGAGCUCCGAAAAUCGCUUCCAUGGAUUACCCCGUUUCGUCUGUGCAAGUUACUUGAACUCCCAAUUGACGUCCCAACUUCUAUGGAGAUAUUUCAUUGGGCUGGUAAACAAAAGGGUUAUUGCCAUUCAUUUGAUGUAUACUACUCAUUGAUUGAUAAACUUGGAGUUGCCAUGGAAUUUAAGAUGAUAGAUAAGUUAUUGUUGAUAAUGAAGGAAGAAGAUAUAACUUUUAAGGAAUCCAUCUUUAUCAUGAUUAUGAAGCAUUAUGGUAGAGCUGGUUUGCCUGGGCAAGCCACUAGGGUUCUUUUAGAUAUGAUGACUUCAUUCUCUUGUGAACCAACUUUUAAAUCCUACAAUGUUGUUUUGCAUAUACUUGUGGAAGGAAAUUGUCCUGAAGUUGCCCCAAAUGUGUUUUAUCAGAUGUUGAAUAAGGGUAUAUCUCCUAAUGUCUAUUCUUUCGGUUUAGUAAUGAAAGCUUUGUGCUCCAUUAACGACGUAGAUACAGCUUGUUCGCUCCAAAAGGACAUGAUGAAAUACGGUUGUGUACCCAAUUCGGUUAUUUACCAAACCCUAAUACACGCGCUCUCUAAGUCCAAUAGAGUAAACGAGUCUUCCAAACUUCUAGAAGAGAUGUUCCUAAUGGGAUGCACUCCCGAUGUUGAGACAUUCAAUGACGUAAUCCUUGGACUCUGCAGGAGCAACAGAGUGCCAGAGGCCGCGAGAAUGGUUGAUCGUAUGAUCACAAGAGGGUUCUCUCCAAAUCAGAUAACCUACGAGGUUUUGAUGCGCGGUUUAUGCAAGAUGAAGAGAGUAGACCAAGCGUGUGCCUUAUUGGAGAAAGUACCUAAUCCAUGUAUAGUCUUGUUCAACACGUUGAUCUCUGGAUAUGUUAGCGAUGGGAGGCUUGACGAGGCGACAGCUGUCAUGAACGAUGAUAUCCCUAGAAAUGGUUGUGAGGCGAAUGUCUACACUUACACUAUGCUUGUCCAUGGUUAUUGCAAAAUGGGUUCUUUAAGUUUGGCUUGUGAUAUGGUCAAAGAGAUGGAAUCAAAGGGUUGUGAGCCUAAUGUUUAUACUUAUACAAUUUUGAUUGAUUCCUUUUGCAAGAGGGGGAAAUUAAAGGAAGUUGGUUAUAUAAUGGAAGAGAUGUCAUUCAAGGGGAUAUCCCUUAAUGAAGUUGGAUAUAAUUGCUUGAUUUCCUCUUUGUGCAAACACAGUAAGAUCGAUGAGGCUUUACAAAUGCUAAACAACAUGUCAAACAAAGGAUGCAAACCGAAUGUAUUCACGUAUAACUCAUUGAUAUUCGGAUUGUGCAGAGUCGAUCGAUUGGAAGAAGCCUCGAUAAUGUUUCGCGAUAUGGUUCUAGAUGGGGUUAUCGCGAACACGAUAACGUACAACACAAUGAUUAACGGUUUCUUAAGGAAUGGUUUAACGGAAGAUGCACUUAAGCUUGUAAAUGACAUGCUAUUUAGAGGAUGCCCACUCGACGAAAUCACUUGUAAUGGAGUUAUUAGGGCACUUUGUAACGACGGAGCGGUUGAUAAGGCGAUGGGAUUCUUUGAGGAAAUGAUUGGAAAGGGAAUGAAGUUGAGUGUUGUUUCUUGCAACAUUUUGAUUAACGGGUUUUGUAGGACUUCAAAUGUACAAAGUGCGCUCGAGUUUUUGAGGGAUAUGGUGCAUCGAGGAUUGACACCGGAUAUUGCUACUUAUAAUACCUUAAUUAAUGGAUUAUGCAUUAUGGGACGUAUUGAAGAAGCUAUGAAUUUGCUUGAUAAGUUAAGGUCAGAAGGAAUAUCUCCGGAUGCUAUCACUUACAACACAUUGAUAAGUUGUCAUUGUAAGUUAGGGAUGUUGGAAGAAGCUCGUGUAAUUCUUUGUAGAGGCGUGAAUAAUGGGUUUAUACCAAACGAUGUUACAUGGUUUAUAUUGGUGAAGAAUUUUGUAAAAGAAUGCAAGAACGUGCUAUGCUAGUAGUGGUUUAUAGCUGAAGGAAAGAUCAUUGUUUGCUUCAAGAGCAAUCAAGUCUGCUUUAUCCCGGGAGUCUUUCACAGUAGAAAACGCUAUCAGAUGGUAAUCUGAGUGAUUAAGACCUCACAAGGGCGAACCACUGUUGCCCAGAAGAUAAAAUUGUUGGCUUAUUUUACAUCGACGAUGAUGAUCCAUGCGGAUUGUUAACCAGCGAGAUUGAGAAGAGUAACGUGAUAUUGUUCUUUCCAAUUCACUUAUCAUCAUUCUUGCCGCCAUAAUUACUCUGAGCAUGCGGUCCAUCUAGCUCAUGUAGGUUUCUAAUAUAUUGUUUGGGCUAGCAGAA